ACCCUGGGGGCCGCCAUUGUUUAUUUACAGUUUCUUAUAAAAGUCCCCGUAUGUUUAAAGUGCAGUUUGUGUCGUUACGUCAUUUGACGUUAGAAACGUCAAAAGUGUGUCCAAAAUCGUGUCCAAAGUGUGUCGUGUACUAUAAAUUCAUGCGCGACAUUCUCUCUUAUUUAGUCUUGUUCCUCCUGGGCAGCCAUAUUGUUAAUUUAUAAACAAACUAGCAGAAAUAUAGAAUUUAGAUAUCCAGUUAUUUUAAUAAGGUAUUGAGGUCAAGUGGGAAUUACCUGCUGAAAGACCAAUGGACAUGACGAACGACUCAUUCGAAACUAACAUACUCUAACGCAAAAACAGACGACCGAUAGGUAUGUUUAAAUAGUAGUAAUAUAAUACAAGAAGAUUUUUCCUUGAAAUUAGAAUACUGAGAAUUGAAGAAAAGGCUUUAAAAGGUGCAUGGAAGAUAAUGUAAACCUUGAUAUAAGACUGGAUUAGAAUAGAGAGUUGGAAGAAAGAAGAUUGGAAUACCAAAUGAAAAAAUAGAAAUUAAUGGGUUAAGAUAUAGUUUGACAAGAAGGAGUAAGCUAUGUAUACUUUGAUUGGAACAGUGACUGUCCUGUUAAUUCUGUGUCACAGCCUGGUGGGAAUCACAUUCGUAAAGUCAGAUGACUGUGCCAACAUCAGUGGAAAACUUACUCUUACAGAGAACAUUCAUUUCCUUUUUAUUGGUGAAUCAGCAAAUAUGACUUGCUCCAUCCAAAAACAGUCCAUUCAAAAUUUCUCAGCUGCUAAUUUCUAUGUAUCAGUGAAACGAUGUGGUACUAAUCACCCACUUCCCCAAACUUUGAUUGAGACAUCAGACCUUAUGGAAAUGUAUGUUACGGACCCAAUCAGGGACCUACAUUGUGAAGAUCAGAAUCAGAUAAAGUUGGAAUAUAAAUGUGUUUAUGAAACAAAGAAUGGUACCAGUUGUCCCGUAGGAGAAACAGACCUUAUUUAUUUUGAUUUUCCACCUACUCCGGUGAAAAGUUUACGCUGCCUAGCGUAUAACUGGUUGAACUUGACAUGCUGGUUCGACCUUGGAGUUGUGUACCGAGGAUGGAACCUCCCAGGUUAUACAAAGGUUAAUGUAGCAGUCAAAUUUGGCAUCUUAGGAAUGCUAUCUGAAAUAGAAAAGCAGUUCAUAGAAAGAGAUGGCACUUGUUUAAAAGUCAGCAUUCCAGACAAAGAUUUUUAUCUCCUCAAAGUGGAAAUGGAUAUUAAUAUUACAAAUGUGGCACGUCAUGUUUCUAACAUCAGCCGAUUUGAGUUUAACACCAGAACUGUUGUAAAACCAGCUCCAAUUGAAAACUUGAAAUAUAUUGAGAAAAAUUCAACUGCAAUCAAACUUGAAUGGGAACAUUCUAACUCACAGAUGUCGAAGAAAUUCCAAAUUCAAUACAGCUCUGAAUAUGAUACAAAGGGGAGCUGGAUGCAGAAGGAAUAUGUUCAAAUAUAUCCGAGAUCGAUAGCAGCUUCUAAAAUUUACCCUCUGACUUUAACUAAGCUAUUGCCAUAUGUGUUAUACAAUAUAACAAUUAAAGUUAGACCAAUUUUUGAGAACAGGACAGAAACUGGUUCCUGGAGUGACAAUGUUACAACCUCUAUAAGAACUGCAGAAGAUGUGCCUCGUGCAGUUCCAACAUUAUGGCCAGGCUACUUUUCACAAUCGAAUGAUCCAGAGAAAAUUAAAAUCUAUUGGGAGCCAAUUGAUGAUGUAAAGAGAUGUGGCAUUAUCCAAUCAUACAGAAUCAUAUUGAAGGAAAUAGUUCUCUUUGGAGAGAAAGUUGAAAAGGAAGAAAAUUUUACUAAAACAUACAAAGAUAUCCCACCUGAAGCUAUAUCAUAUGAAAUUCAAUUGGAACCAAUGAAAAAAUAUGAAAUAAAACUAACACAGAGAACCAGUGUUGGCUAUCCCACUGUAGAUGAUGCUCAUAUUUAUGUUUACCCACAAUAUAUUCGACCCUCAUUACCUAGUUUAACAUUGGUAGAAGCUAUCAGUCACAUUCAAGUUUUAUUCACAUGGAAUUUAAGAACUAUCAAUAACAGUACUGGUGACUUUUCUAACUAUAAUUUGUCAUGGUGCAAAAAGAAUAGUACAAAGCCAGGAAAACCAGGAAAUUGUCAGGAGGCUAUUAAAUCAGAGCUGAUUUUAGACAACAAUGCUACUAACAAAACAACAGUUUCAAUUAAUAUAACUGAGAAUUAUUUUGAUUAUUGGUUUGGAAUAUCUGUUGAAGAAACAGUACAUAAUGGUUGGUUCAUCAGCAGUGGUAUUACAUGGUACAAACAUUGUGUAUAUCUAAAAGGAGGAGUUCCAAAGAAACCAUUAGAGUUGGAAGUACCCACAGAUACUGACCAAGAAGAUGGUAUUUUUAUCAUAUGGAAACCAUACACCUGUACCCAGGGUCAAGGAAAAGUUGCUUUUUAUGAAGUUCGGUUUUGUACGACUGGCAGUGCAGAAGAUCAAUGUGAAGGCAAAGAACAGAAUGAAACCGUGUCUGCCUCAGAAUCAUCAUACACAUUGCAGAAUUUGAUUGAAGGUCAAACUUAUAUAAUCAACAUAAGUGCCAAAAUGGAAGAUGGACAAUAUGGACCUUGGACUACAUCUAAAAAAGUCCUUUUUAAGUCCCCAAAGACUUUUGAAUCAGAAACAGAGAAUUUGAUACUAGGAGCUGCUAUUGGAGGUAUUGCAGCAUUUGUUAUAUUGGUAAUAGUUGGUAUAGUGUAUUGUAGGCGUUCUUUAAAAAAACAAGCAGAAGAAGUGAAAGAGAUCAAUCUGCCUACUAUUAAAACAAAAUCUGGUUUUGAUAAAAGAGAAAACAAUGGCAGUGGAAUUGAUACCCAUGAAUCUCUUCAGCCUUUACUACGGAAUAGUAAUGGUAACGACAGUGGAUUAGGUGGAUCAAGUACAAAUGGAAACAGUAUAUCGCACAACAAUAGUUUGGAUAAAAAAUAUUCCAAUCAAAAUGGCAGCACGGGAGGGUACAACAGUAAACACAAUAAUCAUAUACAUCAGAAUGGAAGUAUUAUUCAAACUGAUGCUAUAAUCGAGUCUCUGGGAGUUAGUGAAAAUACUAAUCAAUCCUUCGGAGAAACUUCAUUCACCACAGGUGAAAUGUCCGGUGGAAAUGAAAUGAACAGUGUAGACUACACAGACGUUGAGUUAAUACAUUCUUCAGAUGAGGAAUCCUCGUCUAAUAACUCUUCAUGUGUUCCCUCAAGCAAUAAUUCACCCAAACAUUCAGGAAAAAAAUCUUUUUACUCAAGUACUAAUAGAUCUGAUAGAGAAAACAAGGGUUUUUCAGACACAGACGAAAGAGGACAAGAUUCCAGUAAUAUUGAAUCUUAUUGUGAGCAGGGGGAAACAAGUGCUAUAGAUUCUUAUUGUCAGAAGGGGUUAAAUUCAAGUACUGGUGUAACGACAUGAUUAAUACAUUGAACACCAGUCCACAUCCAUCAUUAUAUUUUACCAAUAAUAGAAUGUUAUCCAAGUAUGUAUCAAUAUGAAAAAUGCUCUAAAACUUGCCUGGAAUAUUAAAAUGACAAUAUGUCUCCCUCGCAUAUUUUGGCAAGAGAUUUUAUUUAGUCCUGUCCGUCCAUCUGUUUGUCUAUGAUAAGAGAUAUUCAAGACCAAAUCACUAUAUAGUUGUAGUAGUCAUGCAGUAAAUGCUCUUCAUAUUUGAUAUUUUUUUAUCAGAUUACAACUAGGGCUUUCCAUACAAAACAUGAACUGCCUUUUCUUUAUACAUGGAAUUUAUUAGAUGGAAAAUUUACAAGUACAUUGGAAUACAUGUACAUAUAUUGAAUUGAAAUAAAAUUAGUAAUUUAGGUUAAAAAAUGAAGGAAUGGUUGUUGUUUCACAUCAUGCGCAUAUAUUUUACUUGUUUUAAGGGCAUUUUACAUGUAAAAUUAUCUUAUUGAAAUUUUAAACAGUAAUUUUAAAGGUAAUUUUAAUUUUUAGUUUUUAAUAAAAAUCAUAUCAUAAGGCAGCUUAAAACACAUGUUAAAUCUUUUAUUAUUUAUGGAUAGUUAGAAUAAUUAAUCAUCCAAUCAUAAAUUUGAAUUUAAAUCAUUUUUUGCAAUUUUUGUUUGGUUUUACAGUACAAUCACAGACUGCAUGUGUAUUAUGAAUCUCUUUGUUAUCUUAUCGCUGCAUAGGAAUGUUUGUUAAAAAAAAAAAUCGUUUAUUUAUGUAUUUCUUUAGAUUCCAUAAAAAUCUUAAUAUUACAAUAUUAUUACAAUCUCAGCAAAUCACAAAGAAGGAAUUACAAAAUAUACUAACUUGCAGUUUGCACUUCUUAGACUUUCAUUUUAUGUUGCAGUUGUAUCUUGCUGCAUCUUUUAUUGAAGUAGUAUUGUUUUUACUAACUGUCUUUUAACUAAUUAGGACUUAACAUUCUUUUAUAUGUUUGUUAGUGAUUAUCUUUUGUAUUAACUUAUGUAUGUACAUUCUUGUAAUUUUAUAAAUGUAUUUAUUUAUUUUUUUAAAGUGAAUGAGGCUAUAAAAAUAGUUAUCUUAGCCCAUCUGGUCAGUUGAUGUGUUCAUUGGACAGCUUGACAUUUUUAUCAGACUGGUUUCUGGAAAUCAUCACAGAAAAAAAUACAAAAACACAAAUGUAUUCCUAAAUUUCAUAUUUUUGGUAAAUUUGUGAUAUGAUGGGUUCAUUUUAGAAAAGUCCAUAUGUUUUUUAAAUGUGAAGUAGCUUUUUUAAAAUGAUAGUUCUGCCAUUUCCUUGAUUAGUCUGGUAAAAUUCCAUGCAUUGAAUCUAAAGAUUUAUAAUUAACUCAUUCUUUUUUCCUUUAUUAGCAUUAUCAUGUUGAGUUUUAAUCCUGUGCUUGAGUGACUACUGUAUUUCAAUAACUAAUGUUCCAAUUUUACACAUAGUUACAUGUUGUAUUAAAUAAUUUUAUAAAUAUUUGAUGAUAGUUAUUCAUAAAAAUUAUUUUUGUGGUGUAAUAGAGGUUUUGUUUUGUAAUUCAAGCUCAAAUAGUACAUGUAAUAAGAUCUGUAUAGUCAUCAUCUUAUGUCUUUCUUCUGUCGGUGACCUCUUACCAAAACUGAUUUAUCUUCAUUUCGUCAUAUUAAGGAUUUUACCCUGUAUCUCUGAAUGAAUAUUGCAUAUCUGGGUUCCCGUAUUUGUUUCAAGCUUUUAACGAAAAAUAUUUUUAAUGGAAUAUUCAUUAUUUUGUACUUUUGCACCUUUUAAACAACAAAGAUGUUUCUCAGUAUGCAUGUUAUUUAGGAGAUAACUGUAUUGUAUAUUAAGCUCCGACAGAAUCUUCUGCUUCUGCUUCUUCUGCUUCUGCCUGAUAAUGACCACAAUCAACGAGCUGAUUAUUAUGUCAUGACUAAGGUGCGCAUGCAGACCCCCCCCCCCCCCACCCCAACCCCCCAAUUUCAAUAAUUUAGUUCAGCUUUGUCAGUGAGGCUUUAAAGGCCUCGACUGACGGUGCUGAUGCUACCCCAGGAGGGAGAGCGUUCCAAUCCCUGAUUGUUCUUGGGAAAAAUGAGUAUUUUCUGUAAUCACUUCUGCUUGCAGGAAUUUGGAAACUUUUGUCGUGCAUGUUCCUCGACAGUCGUGUUGGUUGCAUAAGACGACCUUCCUUAAUAACAGCCACUUUGUCGUGUUCUAUUUUAUAGAGCAUAGUUAGCCUAGCAUCUUUUCGCCUUUUUUCCAGAGAUGGCCAUUCCAGGUGCUCAAUCAUUUUGCUGACACUUGAGUGAUUAUGGUGUUUGUUGGAAACGUAUCUUGCUGCUCUUCUCUGGACCAUUUCUAAGCGAUCUAUUUCCGUUUUAAAGAAUCAAUUGGGGAUUUGAUGGUCGCAAAUUAAGUUUACUGGCGACAUGUUAGCGGAGACAGUAAACGGGUAUUUGCGACCAUCAAAUCCCCAAUUGGUGCCGUCGGAGCUUAAAAUACAAUAUUGGUAUCUCCAUUCUAAUGAAACUGUCAGAAAACAACGUUAAAACAUGUAUUUAAAAUCUGUCAUAUGCCGUCUGCGCUUGCGCGUAAGUCCCAUAGCAUCAAUUAUUAAUUGAUGCCAUGUAAAUAAGUGACUUUAUCCAAUCAAAAUGAACGUUACAAACGUUGUUGCAUUAGAAUUUUAAAUUGCAUGUUACUGAAGUGAUUUACAAUAGGAUUACUUUCCAAAUUUAAUUCUGUAAAUAGAAAAUUUUUGUGACUACAAUUUUUAUUGUGAAAUUUACUCUACAAAAAUGCUUCAUUGUCCAUUUCAAAAAAUUAUCACAGAAAUAUUUUAACUGGCCCUUUAAAGGCCAAACCAGCUAACAAAACCAGAAAAGAAAUUGAAUCAACAUAUGUACAGUGAUAGAUAUAUAAUAUACCUGAACUUUAUGUUGAUACUAAAAUAUAUAUUAUUUUCUUAUGUUGUUUUUCUCACAAGAUCAUUCUAUAAAAAUAAUGCACUGUGGUCAAAUUAACUCUUACAUCAAAAGGUAAUUGUACACUUUUAUAUUAAUAAAAACUAUGUGAGUGGGGAACAUUUCAUGGAUUAUACUUGAUUGUAAAAAUAGUGAAAAAAAUCUCACAAUAAAACCAGAUUUUAAAUGUUAAAAUUAUAUACUGAUUAGCAGAUUAAGAUGUGGUGUCCUUCAAAUAAAUCUUUUUGUCCUCAAUCCGAGUAAUGACAGCAUUUAGUUAAAUGAACUGGUGUCAACCUUAUCUAUACACAUAUAAUUCAUACAAUUGCAUUCCAUUUUAUUAUUGAUUUGUUGUUUUAGUAUGUGUAAUGUUUGUGAAAAUUUACAAUGUUUUAUGAUCUGACUAUGUCAUUGAAUAAAUUAUACAAAUAUA